AUGGUAAAUCGUUGCGCUAUUGAAGCUGUAGAUAGAAUGCUUAGAGAUAUUACUGAUUGUAACUUACCUUUCGGUGGGAAAGUGAUAGUUUUUGGAGGAGAUUUUCGACAGGUUCUUCCAGUGGUACCGAGAUGGAAAAAAGAUGAUGUAAUGAAAGCUAGCUUGGUCUUUUCAAACCUAUGGCCUUCCUAUUUACGUUUACCAUUGGUUGAGAAUAUGAGGGCAAAAUCAGAUCCUAUGUUCUGCACUUACUUACUCAAAAUUGGAAAUGGAACAGAAGAAGAACAUACUUGUAAGUGCAUUAUACUUCCGAAUAGUAUAAUUCUACCAUUUGAAGAUGAAAUCACAUCUUUAAAACUUUUGAUACAUUAUGUUUUUCCAAAUAUAGAGGCAUAUGUUGACAAUUUACAUAAUAUGAUAAAUAGAGUUAUUCUUACACCUACGAAUGAAUAUGUUGAUUAUAUUAACAAGAUUUUACUCGAACAAAUUCCCGGUGAUUUUUCCACAUACUAUAGUUUUGAUGAAGCAAUUGACAAAUCGGAACAAAGCUUGCAUGAAGAUUUCUUGAAUACUUUGACACCAAAUGGAUUAUUCAAUGGAACACGCCUUACUUGUCGAAAAUUUGAGAAAAACGUAAUUCUUGCUGAAAUUACAACUGUAUCUCCUUUCUUAACCCUAAACAAAACUCUAGCUUUCUUUCUCAAAACUCUUGCCCUUGUUCUCAAACUUUCACCUAAAGGAGAUAUCCAUUUGAAGUACACUUGA